AGCUGGGCGGGACCGGAAGGGGUCUCAGCCUAGGGUGCUGAGGGUCCGGGGCUGGACCUUGGUCCCUGGGGGAUGUGGAGAGCUGGCAGUAUGUCGGCGGAGCUGGGAAUCGGGUUGGCUCUGCGGGCAGUGAACGAGCGCGUGGAGCAGGCUGUGGCGCGGCGGCCGCGGGAACUUCCAGCCGUCCAGCCCCGGGUAGUAGCGGUCAGCAAAACCAAACCUGCAGACAUGGUGAUCGAGGCCUACAAUCAUGGCCAGCGCACUUUUGGGGAGAACUACGUUCAGGAACUGCUCGAAAAAGCAUCCAAUCCUAAAAUUCUGUCUUCGUGUCCUGAGAUCAAAUGGCACUUCAUUGGCCAUCUACAGAAACAAAAUGUCAACAAAUUGAUGGCUGUCCCCAAUCUCUUCAUGCUGGAAACAGUGGAUUCUGUGAAGCUGGCAGACAGAGUGAACAGUUCAUGGCAGAAGAAAGGUGCUCCCGAAAGGUUAAAGGUUAUGGUCCAAAUUAACACCAGUGGAGAGGAGAGCAAGCACGGCCUGCUCCCUUCAGAGACGGUGGCCAUGGUGGAACACAUCAACGCCAAGUGCCCCAGCCUGGAGUUCGUGGGGCUGAUGACCAUAGGAAGCUUUGGGCACGAUCUCAGUCAAGGACCAAAUCCGGACUUCCAGGUGUUACUGUCCCUCCGGGAGGAGCUGUGUGGAAGGCUGAGCAUCCCUGCUGACCAGGUUGAGCUGAGCAUGGGCAUGUCCGCCGACUUCCAGCACGCGAUCGAAGUAGGAUCUACGAAUGUCCGCAUAGGAAGCACCAUUUUUGGAGAGCGAGAUUACUCAAAGAAAGCCACCCUGGACAAGCCCACAGCAGAGCUAAAGGCCCCGGCGCACACGCCUUGAGCGGGGCUCAGCCCGUGGGCUGGGUCCACAGAGGCAAGCUAUGCACUCACCCGGGUUUCACAUCGAUGGUCGAUGUCCCCUACGUUACAGCACAGCCACACCCUCCUGGCCACCUGGAGAGAGCACACUGACGACUGUGUGGACUGUGUGCGUUGAUGGAAACCAUCUCACUGAGUGUCUGACUCGGGAAGCUUGCUUCAAGUGGUGGCUAUGGAUUGGAUUUGAGAAAUCCAGACGUGUCUGCAGAACGGAUACCAGAUCCGCAGCCAGGAGUUGAGUUCAGCCUUGAACUCUGCCCAGAGGCACCACCCAACCCACGAAUGCCUUUCCCAGGUUCAAACUCCAUGACGGAUGCCUAUAACCCUCCCAGAGUCAGAGGGGUGGGAAUCUGUCAUGCACUUUAACAGGAAAUGCCCUGUUAGCAAGUCCAUACGAACCCCCGUGAAGUAGACAUAACAGCAAUGCGGUUUCAGCCCCCAGGUUCCACCCCACCCAGUGAACAUCUCUACUGCGGAAUAGCAGUACAGGUAACUUCAGGAAGUGCCUGAAGUUAAUCCUCCAAACCCACAUUGUACUGAUGAGACUUGUGUCAUCGGCCACCCUGUGGUGUGGACCCUGAAAAUUACAGGGCAGCUAACACAAGCGGGCUUUGGGCCUUUCUGACCUCCUGCUCAAGAGACAGGACUUUGAGCUUUUCUCCCUGGUCCUGAUAGUGAUGAGAAUUGAGUGAUGCGCUUUCUCCUCCACCGCAGUUCCCGUUACAGCGGCCUCUUAUCAAAGACCAGUGAAUCCCGGAAAUGAAAGAGUCCUUCAAAGCCAGUUCGGGGUCACAGUUUCAACAAGGCCUGGCUUUGAGGUCCCUGUUCCUGAGGAGCACUUUUUAGGCACAUUUAUAGCCUCCUCUCCUGACCAGAUUUAUAAGCCAGAAUUUUGCAACUCUUUCUGAUUGUUAAAUUGAGUAGCAAGCUCUUCAAAAACCAGAAAGCGCGAUUCUCAGUCACAACAGAUGACUUUAGUCUGGGUCGUUGUUUGUUUUCUAGAUGAGGUUUUCUUAUUUAUUCAACCCCCAGGCUUUAAUUUUAUGAAAUAACUUCCAGAACACAAUGCUGCUGCUGAAUGUAAUUUUGUAAAACCUAACCCGUGACGAUUCCUGGACUGUUUCAGUCAGAGCUGCAGUGCGAUAUUUCAGAGCCUAUUAAAUAAAAAUGUGAGUUUGAAUGAUG